AUGAGUGAAGGUGCGGCUGCUGCCUCGCCACCUGGAGCCGCUUCGGCAGCCGCCGCCUCGGCCGAGGAGGGCACCGCGGCGGCUGCGGCGGCGGCAGCGGCGGGCGGGGGCCCGGACGGCGGCGGCGAAGGGGCGGCCGAGCCCCCCCGGGAGUUACGCUGUAGCGACUGCAUCGUGUGGAACCGGCAGCAGACGUGGCUGUGCGUGGUGCCUCUGUUCAUCGGCUUCAUCGGCCUGGGGCUCAGCCUCAUGCUCCUCAAAUGGAUCGUGGUGGGCUCCGUCAAGGAAUACGUGCCCACCGACCUGGUGGACUCCAAGGGGAUGGGCCAGGACCCCUUCUUCCUCUCCAAGCCCAGCUCGUUCCCCAAGGCCAUGGAGACCACCACCACGACCACUUCCACUGCGUCCCCCGCCACCCCCUCCGCCGGCGGCGCCGCCUCUUCCAGGACGCCCAACCGGAUUAGCACCCGCCUGACGACCAUCACGCGGGCGCCCACUCGCUUUCCCGGACACCGGGUGCCCAUCCGGGCCAGCCCGCGCUCCACCACCGCACGAAACACUGCGGCCCCCCCGACGGUCCUGUCCACUACGGCCCCCUUCUUCAGUAGCAGCACGCCGGGCUCCCGACCCCCGGUGCCAGGAACCCCCAGCACCCAGGCAAUGCCCUCCUGGCCCACUGCGGCAUACGCUACCUCCUCCUACCUUCAUGAUUCCACUCCGUCCUGGACCCUGUCUCCCUUUCAGGAUGCGGCCACCCCCUCCUCCUCCUCCUCCUCCUCCUCGUCUUCCUCCUCCUCUGCCACCACCGCGCCAGAAACGAGCACCAGCCCCAAAUUUCAUACAACGACAUAUUCCACUGAGCGUUCUGAGCACUUCAAACCCUGCCGAGACAAGGACCUCGCAUACUGUCUCAAUGAUGGCGAGUGCUUUGUGAUCGAAACCCUGACGGGAUCCCAUAAACAUUGUCGGUGCAAAGAAGGCUACCAGGGAGUCCGUUGUGAUCAAUUUCUGCCGAAAACUGAUUCCAUCUUAUCGGAUCCAACAGACCACUUGGGGAUUGAAUUCAUGGAGAGUGAAGAAGUUUAUCAAAGGCAGGUGCUGUCAAUUUCAUGUAUCAUCUUUGGAAUUGUCAUCGUGGGCAUGUUCUGUGCAGCAUUCUACUUCAAAAGCAAGAAACAAGCUAAACAAAUUCAAGAGCAGCUGAAAGAACCACAAAAUGGUAAAAACUACAGUCUCAAAGCAUCCAGCACAAUGGCAAAGUCAGAGAACUUGGUGAAGAAUCAUGUCCAGCUGCAGAGUUAUUCAAAGGCGGAAAGGCAUCCAGUGACUGCAUUGGAGAAAAUGAUGGAGUCAAGUUUUGCCGGCCCCCAGUCAUUCCCAGAGGUCCCUUCUCCUGACAGAGGAAGCCAAUCUGUCAAACACCACAGGAGUCUCUCCUCUUGCUGCAGCCCAGGGCAAAGGAGUGGUAUGCUCCAUAGGAAUGCCUUCAGGAGGACACCCCCCUCGCCCCGAAGUAGGCUGGGUGGCAUCGUGGGACCAGCAUAUCAGCAACUUGAGGAAUCAAGGAUCCCGGACCAGGAUAUGAUACCUUGUCAAGGGAUAGAGGUCAGGAAGACUAUACCCCACCUGCCUAUACAGCUGUGGUGUGUUGAAAGAUCCCUGGACUUCAAGUAUUCGUCCAAUGGUUUAAAAACCCAACAAAAUGCAUCCAUAAAUAUGCAACUGCCUUCAAGAGAGACAAAUUCCUAUUUUAAUAGCUUGGAUCAAAAGGACCUGAUGGGAUAUUCAUCUACAAGGGCCAGUUCCGUGCCCAUCAUCCCUUCAGUGGGUCUAGAGGAAACCUGCAUGCAAAUGCCAGGGAUUUCUGAAGUCAAAAGCAUCAAAUGGUGCAAAAACUCCUACUCUGCUGAUAUUGUCAAUGUGAGUAUUCCAGUCAGCGAUUGUCUUAUAGCAGAACAGCAAGAAGUGAAAAUAUUGCUAGAAACUGUCCAGGAGCAGAUCCGAAUUCUGACUGAUGCCAGGCGGUCAGAAGACUACGAACUGGCCAGCGUAGAAACCGAGGACAGUGCAAGUGAAAACACAGCCUUUCUCCCCCUGAGUCCCACGGCCAAAUCAGAAAGAGAGGCACAAUUUGUCUUAAGAAAUGAAAUACAAAGAGACUCCGCAUUGACCAAGUGACUUGAGAUGGAGGAAUCUGUGCAUUCUAUGCUUUGCUCAACAGGAAAGAGAGGAAAUUAAAUACAAAUUAUUUAUAUGCAUUAAUUUAAGAGCAUCUACUUAGAAGAAACCAAAUAGUCUAUCGCCCUCAUAUCAUACUGUUUUUUAACAAAAUAUUUUU